AUGGCCAACAACAAAAGAAAUCAAUCUCCACCUCCAUCAACUGAUAAGCAGGACAAGAAGCAGGUAGUUCAGCAGCCAGAUGUGAAUAUCAGCCAUUCUUCUUGGUUGUAUAAACUGGCAUCUGCACCGAGUUUGAGUGCAACAAGGUUGGAGAGCAGCGAGGAAACAGAGCCUCCAUCAGAAAAACAGAGCAAGCAAGAAGAACAGGUCAACAACAGCACUACAGAAAAUACUCCUAGUCAGCCCAAACAAGACAAUAGUGUGCCUCUGCAUGCCAAUGGAAGCACUGGAGGUAGCAUAUGGUCAUGGUUAGGUUAUUCAGGCACUCAAUCAGUUACAUCAGUGCCUGAGUCUCAUCCAGUAUCAGAGUCAGCAUCAACACCCGUGCCUUUGGAAGAAGUGAAUGAGACGAAACAAGAGCAAACAACAAACGACCAGAAGGGUAACAAUAGUGUUACACCACAAGAGCAUCAUCAUGGCCAUCAUCAUCAAUCCAAACCGUCUUACUGGAAAUCGUUCUUCACCUCCAACAACAACCAAGAAGAGAGUCAACAAGAUUCUGUGAUUAUAUCUGAUAAAGACGAUGCAUCUGAGCAAGAGAUACCAGCACCCACGCCCGAAGCAGAACAGCAGACAGCACCUGAAGAACCACAGCAACGAAAACCAGCAGUUGCACCAUCUCGGCAUAACGUUGUCUUGCCAACAUUCGAAUCACAAUUCAACAAAGCAACUGUGUCAUAUCAUGAUUCGAAUACCUCUCUAUUCUCAAAAGCAAUCAAUGCUAUCAAUUCGAUCAUAUUUACACAAAAACCAGUUAUUGACGAUAAUUGGCAAGACAUCAACCGAUUGUCAACUAUACUCGACUCGCUCAAGGCAGAUAUAUCUAGCAAAAGCAUUGUGAUUAUAGGCGUGCAUGGUUGGUUUCCUAUGAAGCUUGUAAGAAGUAUGGUGGGCGAACCCACAGGCACCUCAAUCAAGUUUUGUGAGCAAAUGACAGCAGCAGUAAAGAAAUACUUUGAGGGCACACACAACAUCACUAUACCAGACGAAUCCAUUGUGAAUAUUCCACUUCAAUGGGAGGGAAAAGUGCUUGAAAGAGUAGAAAAAUUAUACAGUCUUAUUGAAUUAGACUACAUGAAAAUGAUUCAAGACGCUGAUAUCAUUUUGUGGGCAACACAUUCUCAGGGAACGCCUGUUUCUGCUAUUCUGCUGCGCAAACUGAUCGAGGAGGGCAUUAUUCAGGUGAAUAAGCAACCCAUUUGCAUGCUUGCUAUGGCCGGAAUUUCACAUGGUCCGUUCCCAUCACUAAAGGGAAAUCUUCUUGUAAAGUAUUUCGAAGCAGAUGCAGCUAGAGAGUUAUUUGAUUUCAUGGACUCCAAUUCAGACAUAUCUGUGCAAUACAGAGAGGCCAUGGCAUAUAUACUGCAGAACGAGGUGAAGACUGUGCUUGUAGGAUCAAUGCAGGAUCAAGUGGUUCCGCUGUAUUCCGCCAUUAUGUCUGGUAUCAGCCAUCCCAACAUUUUGCGUGCAGUGUACAUUGAUGGGCAUAUCUAUACCAAAGACGACUUUCUGAUUCGACUGAUUACAUUUGCAUUGCGAUUACUCAAUGUGGGUCUCUCCGAUCAUGGAUUUCUCAUACACAUCAGCGAGGUACUGGCAGGAAAUUUGUAUGCUUGGGAAGGGGGCCACUCGACAGUGUACGAAGAGCUGGAUGUAUUCAUGCUGCCGCUGCAAUAUUUAUUUGAAACAAGACCCAUUGGCCAAUUUGAGAUACUGAAGCCUGCAUCUAUGCUAUCGCAAAAGGUCAGCGAUGCCAGAGAUAGAGCAAAGGAAAAGGUGCUGGAUAAAGUGAAAGCGAGGUUGGAUCCAUUCCAGGCAAAGUUGAGACUGAACCCUUUUCACUUGCCAUGGGCAAUGCGAGGCAUCUGGGAUGACCCUAGAAUUCUGGAAGAUAACACUCUGAGCAGCGAAUUAGAUACAUUGCAGAAUCUGUUUGAUAAGUGGAAUCCUACUAGUGCUCGUUUAAAGGAAAUCAAGUUUAGGUUAGAGCCAUUGAAAGCAAGAUUGUAG